UUGAGUAUUGGUUUAACCUCCACCUGUAUGUAUAUAGAUAUGGCCGGGUAACAAAGUGACGUGCUUUACGUUGGCUGUCCUUGUUGGCUGUCGGGAAGAUUGCUCUUACUCCAGCAUCGGCUUGGUUGUUGAUCUGUCACCGAGUGUCGUGACUGUACCGUCAGUUGUCGGAUGAGCCAAACAUCCAAGGAGGACUCGCUUGUUUGACGCAAAAGUGACUCAAAACAGCUGAUCAGUGUUUACAUCUGGUGUUGGUAAUGAAAGGAUUGUGUAUAGCAGUUGAAUACAACCAACGUAUUGGUGAUUGUGAGUGGACUGUAAAGGAAUAUCAUGAUUAUAUCGGUCAUGACGAAAAGCCUUUACUAUUGCUAGUAUUCGAGGAGCAGGAGUGUUCUUUAGGUGAGGGAUUCUGUGGCGUUUUACGAAAUCAGUUUUACUACCUCUAGUUCGUACUCUACGAGUAGGAUUGAUGUGACACUGGCAGGGUGAUCAUAACUCGUGUCAGUGUAUCUAACAGACUUGCAAUAAGAGUGGUAGGGCCUAAUUUGCCGUCAAUUCGGUAUAUAACAGAUUCGGGAAACGUCAUGACUGCGUGACGCCGGACCAAUUUAGGACAAUAUUUGGCUACUUCAUCCAAACCUGCUCACCAGUAAGCACCGUGCUCGUGAAAACAAUGGCGAACCUCAUACAGAAGUUCAGGAAAUGGCGAAAAGAGCACAAAAAGGAAAAACAAAAACAACAGUCGAGCAGAGGGUUUAUAAGACAGUUGUUCCGGAGCCAGCGAGGGAGAUACUCAAGCGUUAAGAUGUCCAAGGAGCAAAAGAACUUUGAGUUUCAGGAGCUAAACCCUGGUGACAACGCCAGCCUGUGCAGCGAUGUACAUAUCAUGGACCCUCACUUCGAAUUAGCCCAUCAUGACGCAACUGACGUAGACUGCACGGUGGAAAAAUCAGACUGUGUUCAUUAUCACGUGAUGGAUUUGAAUGCUGUGGAAACUGGUGACCAUGGUGACAUGUGCACGCGGUCUCCCAGCCCUGAGGAGGUGUCUCAAGGGGAUGAGCCCAAGGACCCCUUGGACAAUAGUGACUAUUACACCAAGAGGGCCGAGGAGGUUGGCAACUGUGACAGUAACUCUAUGGAAUGUCUUGAUGUCUACUUCAAGCCAACUGAAAGCAGGAAGAGUUUUAGACGAUCGAUGAAACGUUCCCCUGAACCUGUGAGGUUGCCAUCCUUGAGGAGGAAAGGCGUCAGUAAGGAAGAUUAAACAAGCUGCGGAUACGAGUUGGAAAGUGAUCAAGACAGCAUUCGAUGACACACACAAACCAAGGACUUCAAUGCCUCAGCUGGGCGCUCUCGGGAAGGCUCUCGGGUCUGCGAGUAGAUCAUAGUUGUUGCUCAAAUAGAUCUCAUAUGAACUACCAAUCAUAUGAUUAUCAAGUCGGCCAGGACUUAUUAUAGCAGAACCUAGACCAGGGACAUGUGACGCUGUACAUUGGGUCACACGAAACUAAUUGCUCGGCAAUAUCCAAUGCAAAAACCUAUUAGAUUUGUUAACGUGUGUCUGCCUUCAAUUCGUCGUGUAGUAUGAUUAUGUUGUAAGCAAGUCUGUGUAUAGAAUAUGAUUUGAAUGGACGUGUGAAAGCUUUGAGAAAUAAAGACUUAUAUUUGAA